AUGGAGGCGGUGCACACCGACGCGGACGCUGCCGCCGCCUACGGCUUGCGAGCGCUCGCGACCGUCGUGUUCGACAUCGACUCGGGGCAGAAAUUGGACGCGCUGCACCCGCCGACGAGCCUCUCGGAGGCCGCCAAGACGAGUCUGGCGCACCUGUCGCUGCCGCAUUGCAACAACCAGGACGAGGGCGACACGCAGUUCAUCGUGCGCUUCCGGGACAACGCCGACGACCGCGAGCUCCUGUUCGGCUUCGUGCUCUUCCGCCAGCAGAAGGACGAGUCCCGCACGCGCGGAUAUUUCCAGAAGGCUCUGGUGCUGGUCAGCACUAAACCCUACGUGGAUCUGUACGACCGCGUGCUGUGGGUGAUCGGGCCGCUCUUCUUCAAGGUCGGACCGCAGGUGUUGGCCGCGGUUUACAACAACAUCAAGUCGUGGCCUGAAGUUGUGUACGAUACGCCCGUGGUGUUGCCAUUGGCGGGUACUUACAUUUCGUGCAUCAUCCCGAAGCUCCUCGAUUACGAGCAUCUGGAUUCUACGUACGAGUCGGACGGCGACUCGCCUCUUCACUCGCAUUUCAUUGUCGAGGGAGAAGAUGAUGCCACCGAUGUGCCCAACUUCAACGACAUCGACGAUGACGACGAUGACGAGGAAGAAGAUACCGAGGAAACAGUGCUGGUCAAAGGUGGGAACUUUGUGGUCUCCAAGAGACAACACCCACCAUCGCCUUCGUUCGGGGAUCUUCUUCUCUCAAAGCGAACGCACCAGUCGACUCCGUUUGAGAAUAUUGGGCUGUAUUCCAGUUUUGUGGGCCUGGAGGAAUCACUGUGGCUUUUGUGGCAGCUUGCGAUCACUGGCGAGAGUUUCCUCAUUUUAUCUCCUCAUGCCAGAACGUGCAGUCAGGCUGCUCUCGCAUUUACCAGUUUGAUAGCUCCGCUGCAGUUUCAGGGUGAUUGCCGACCAUAUUUCACCGUGUACGAAGCUGACUUUGACACGCUCGCACGACGGCAGAACAACGGUGUCAGCAACCGGAAAGAUGUGACAGUGAUUGGAACCACGAACCCAUUUUUCAUGAAGUCAUUGAGUCACUGGCCGAACGCACUAGUCUUCCCUUUCCUUGAGCCUCCAAGUGCAAAAUCUCAGCAAAGAAAAGUGGAUGAAACCGGCACAAUCUGUCUUCGCAUUCAAAAGAAUGUUGAACUCGACGACUUUGAAAACAGUCACCGCCCCAUGCUAUUGAGACGCUGUCCACGCUACACGGUUCCAGACAACACUGUGCUGCGCCAACUCGUUUCACCCCCGGAAAUUCAGAUUACCCAGACUUCAAGCCACGAAGAAGAGCCCUACGUCACUAUCAACAACGCGAUUUUGCGGAAGCACUUCCGAAAGCUCACGAAGGACUUCUUGCACCCGUUCGAGCAAUACUUCGGCAUUUGGAAAGCUGGUGGGAGACGGUCGAAUUUGUACAUGAGUGCUGAGGACUACAUGAAACCAUUUACGCUGCCGGGCUUGCUGUCCAGCAUCAAGCCUCGGCAGCUGCCCCCGCAGAUCAAGCAAGCCAAGUGGAAGGCAUUGUACACAGCGUUCGUCAAGUCGCCCCACUUCGAGCCGUGGUUCAAUUACCGUCGCCAGCGCUGCAUUCGCGACUUUGCAAAUACCCUGCGCACACUUCGAGACAGCGUCGAUGCGAACUUGCUCUUGAGCUCUCCCUUUGGCGACAACUUGUCCCAGGAGCAGUAUGUCAAGCUGAAGAAGGAGAUGGAAGUUGCACUAGCGUUAGAAAAGGCUCAAGGAGAAGUGGACAAGCAGCAGGUCCGGACUAUCAAGAAGCACCUGAAAGCAGUCAAGGAGAAGUUGCGAUCUUUCAAGCAAACUCAAUAG